UCUCUCCUCCCAGAUUCUAAUUGGAUUUCAUUACCAUUUCCUUUCAGUUUUUCUGGUUGGGAGGAACAGCUUUCACUGGUUUCUCUUUGAUGCACGCACACAUCAGCAGCAGCAGCAGCUCCCACUACAUUGUCUGUCAUGACCUCACUCUGGCUGUUGCACUCCCUCCUUCUCCUCCAAGUCCAUCUUUCCAACCAGUUAGAAGACAACAAGAUCCCUCCCAGUCUGUGUACUGGUCACCCUGGUACCCCGGGCUCUCCAGGAGCUCAUGGCAGUCCUGGUCAGCCAGGGAGAGACGGGAGGGACGGGAGAGAUGCUGCUCCGGGGGAGAAGGGACCGAAGGGGGACACGGGAGACCCAGGUGAGACAGGAGUGCGAGGCCUGACCGGAGACAGAGGUGACCCAGGAGAAAAGGGUGAGGGGGGGAAGGCAGGAGAGUGUGCAGUGGCCCCCAAAUCAGCCUUCAGCGUCAAACUAUCCGAGGGUCACACUUUACCCCUCACCGUGGGAGAUGCAGUCGGCUUCGACAAGGUCGUGAUCAACGAACAGGGCGACUACAACACAGAGACGGGUCGCUUCACCUGCAAAGUACCCGGGGUUUACUACUUUGCCGUCCACGCCACAGUCUACCGCGCCAGCCUCCAGUUUGACCUGAUGAAAAAUGCACACGCAGUGGCAUCUUAUUUUCAGUUCUACGGCAACUGGCCCAAACCGGCGUCGCUGUCGGGCGGCUCCCUGCUCCACCUCGUCCCUGGUGACCAGGUGUGGGUCCAGAUGGCUCUGUCAGAGUACAGUGGAUUUUACUCCAGCACCAAGACAGACAGCACCUUCACUGGCUUCCUGGUGUACUCGGACUGGAAAAACUCUGCUGUGUUUGCAUGACACGGGCUCAUGAAGCAAAAUAAGUCAUAUCCCACUUUGGGAAAUGACCCACAACGUUUUUUUUGUUUGCUUAUUUCAGUUUUCUUAUUGAGAAGUGAAUAGGCCGUGACUUGGUGCAUCUGUAUUUGUGUAAUGAGUAUAAAACGCAUACCGUACUGGU